UUUGAAAACAAUAUAUUUAUGGCGUUUAUUUUGAAACACAAACUGCAGAUACAAAAAAAAUAUAGAAAUUUUGAAUUAUUACUACAUGGAGUUCACAACACAAAAAUGAAUUAAAACCAAGCCUGGUUAAACAAACGCUCAAACGCAAAAACCGCUUGGUUUGGUUGCAGUAGCUGCAGAGCCAAACAAAUAUCAAAAUUUCAAAACAAGUAACAUAAAAAAUGUAUUGAAACCUGGCAGCGAUUUCAACUCAUACCGAAAUACUUAUCUCUUUACAAUAGCCAGAAAAAUGGCCGAAGAUAAUAUAGUCAUUCAGGCCUCGUCGUCUAUGUUGGACCAUUUAAAGAUUGUCUCGGAUGCCGAUGAUAUCCAAGCUGAUUAUAUAGUGUGUUUACCCAAUGAAGUGUUAUUAGAUAUAUUCUCAUAUUUGAAACCGAAACAUUUAGUGAAAUGCCGCGAAGUAUGUUGGAGGUGGAAGAACAUAGUGGACAGUAUGUUAAAAAGCGAAGUUCUGUGGCGGAAGCACUGCAAAAUUGAUUUCAUAGACAUAUACAGAUCAGCCUAUUAUAAAGCGCAUCCAGGACUCACGUGGAAUAAUUUAUACAGAUCCCUCACAUUAUGGUCCAAAUUGGAACACGCAACAGAAUUCCACGACGAGUUCGCCUCAGCGUCAAGCAGUCGAAAUGAAAUACGCGAUUUCCAAGUACUAAAACACGGCCAAUUAGGCGUGCACACACGUGAAGGUAUAAUUUACUACGAUAUGAAAACGCUCAACCAAUCGAAUCGAAAAAUCAUAACCGGAGAUUACUUGCGCUAUUACGAAAACGACGAGUUAGUAAUCGUGCUAGCACUGACAGCACAUCUACAUGUCAUCCGCAAAGUUCUCCGAACGCCACGUCACAUGACAGAGGCUUGGUUCCCAUCCGUCAUAAAUUUCCUCAUCCACGAAGAUCAAUUGUACUACGUUACCACCAACAAUAAUAUAUUCAUAUGCAAUUUGUCCAACGAGAAGAUCCAAAGCAGCCUUUUGAUACAUAUGGAAGAUGGAAUCAUGUGUAUGGGGCAUAAGAAUGGAUAUCUAAACGUGCUUACGUACCUGCGUAACAUUUUCACAGUUGUUGACGAGGUGAACGUAUUCAGACGGACAUUAGAUGAUUCCCAGAAUCUGUUCCACGAGCUGGUCAAGUACAACCUAUUGGAUAAUUUAGAUUGGAGGGUAUUUUUCCUGUGGCUGUUCAUUCUGAAUCGCACAAUACCACAUAACUCAAUAAGGAAUAUAAUUGUUACUAAGGUAUACGGCGAUGUGGUUUUUGUUGGCUCAAUCUUGGGGGUGUUUCGCAUAUACUGCUCUCCUUACUUGAAUAAUGAAUUUGAUAUAUUCAAUACUGAACCGGUGAAGCAGUAUAAUUUCAUGGAGCGCAGCGACUGUCCGGUGCUCUCUGAUAGUCCGAUCAUACAAAUUGAUGUCAUCGAGGGGGAAGAUAGCCAUACAGUACUAGUGGGUAUGCCCAAGAAGAUAGCAGUUAUCAAAUUCAGACACGACAUCCAAUUAAGCCCAUCUAAAAUAGACCUAGGCGAUCUUCAGAUCAUUGAAGUUAAUGAUACUUUGUAACAAUGAGGUUUUUAAUACUUCAAUUAC